UUACUCUGCUACAGCACGCUACUGCAAGCAUGACAGGUCAGUGAAAAUACAGAGAUAGAGAGAGAGGAAGAGGAGUACUGAGAAAAGUAGGAAGAAUAUAUACACCAUCAAGACUAGAAGAAAUGAAAUAAAGGAAGUCUGUCCCUGCCUCUUCUCCAUCUCUUCAUCUACCCCAGGAUUAGGACUAUUUGAUCACCGCCAUGGCCCACAACCAAACCAUCCCCCAAAUCAUCCCUCCAUCCCUCACAAAACCCUCCUUGUUCCUUUCCCCGUUCUCCUCCACUAUGCCCCCCUCCCUGUUCCUUUCCGCCUCCAACCACAUCCUUAACACCACCACGUCUGUUUUCGCGGCGAACCAAAACAUUGUGGGUAAUACCACCUCCACAACAGUAGGGGCGCUCAUCCUGGGUCUGGUGUUUCUCCUUGGUGUCCCCGGCAACCUCUUCAUCAUCUGGAGUAUCCUGGCCCGCGCCCGUCGCCGCUCCGUCACCACCCUCCUCAUCCUCAAUCUGGCAGUGGCCGACGGCUCGCUCAUAGCGCUCACGCCGUUCUUCGUCGUGUACCUUGUGAAGAAGACAUGGAUUUUUGGCGAUAUCAUGUGCAAGAUACUCUUCUACCUGUGCCUGGCCAACAUGUACGCCUCCAUCCAACUGAUCAUGCUGAUGAGCCUGCACAGGCUGGUGGCCGUGGUGUGGCCGCGGCGCGUUGCUGCCCUCGCUGGCCGGAAGGCAGUACUGCGGGGGGUGCUGGUACUGUGGAUCUUGGUGCUGGUCGCAUCCAUCCCCGCGUUGCUGUUCAGACACAACCUGACGGCCACGUACCCCAACGGGAGGAGCCGUAUGGUGUGUGAGUCAUUUCACAAGCAGCAGAGUCAAGUGGUGCUCCAGUACACGUUGGAGACUGUGCUGGGAUUUGUAGUUCCUUACGCGUUGAUUGUAGGCAGCUACAUCUGCAUCCUGCGGAGGAUCAGACAAACCAGGUUCAGGAGGAGGAUCCACAGUGAGAAACUCAUCCUAGCCAUCGUGGUCACCUUUGGAAUCUUCUGGCUGCCCUACCAUGUCAUCAACAUUGUGCAGGUUGCCGCAGCACUUUCUCCGCAAGAUUCAGCUAUAAAAGCAAGACUGGACCCUAUCUGGCAGUCCUGCCGUGCAGUCACAUCGGCACUGGCAUUCAUCAGCAGCUGUGCCAACCCGGUCCUCUACACCUUCGCCGGCAAGUCCUAUAUCCGGCGGGAAGGCUUUGCCUUCAUGGCCCGUCUGUUCGAGGGCACUACGCUGGACUCUGGCACCAGGAAGAACCGACAGAACAGCCAGAACAGCCGAGAGAGAGACAGGGAUGCAGAGGGGCUCGGGCUGAAAGAAAAGGAAGGAGAGCUAGAAUCCACGACCAGCGCCAAUGUUGUGAGCCCCAUCUGUGUGAAACCUGUGAAAAAUGGCAAAUAGUGACCCUCUGGGCUGGUAGUUGGACGCUAUGGUGGUGGAAACUAUUUUGAUGGGAAAACACUGCCUAAGACUGGUUUCCUGCAGUUCGCUCGGUGGCCACUAGAUGUAAGUACAAGUCAUGGUUCCUAAUGGGUCAUGACUGACUUACUGGCUGAACCAUAGCUCUGUUUUUAGAGGUGCUGCUUCAAGCUCAGCAGGUGAGGGGGGUGAAUUUUAUAAAUGAUCUUACCGGUAUGUCUUGUCUGUCUGACUGACUGUCUCUCUUUCUAUGUGUGUGUGUGUGUGUGUGUGUGUGUCUGUGGUAUACUGCUGUAAGUACAGUAAAAAGAGCACUGUAAUAUUUUCAUACUUUUUUUGCUUCAUAUAUUUUCUCAAAAGCAUUAAGACAUGUUGCCAUGUUGGACCAGAGCAAGAAAAUAAAACACCAUUUUCUCCGAUUA